AUGUCUAGUCGCCAACAGAUUGAUUCCGUCAUCGACGACGAUGAUGAGUUCUGCCCCCUUUGUAUCGAAGAGUUCGACCUCUCGGACAAGAACUUUAAGCCAUGUCCGUGUGGAUACCAGAUCUGCCAAUUCUGUUAUAACAAUAUCAAAACGCAUAGCGAAGAAGGUCGAUGCCCAAACUGCCGCCGUCCCUACGAUGACAGCACAAUUCAAUACAAGAUCCCUGAUGCAGAAGAGUUCAAGGCGGACUUGGCAUUGAAGCACAGAAAAGCGGCGGCAGCGAAGAAAAAGGAAGCCGAAAAACGCGAAAUCGAAGCUUCCAGCCGGAAGAAUUUGGCUGGCGUUCGUGUCGUCCAGAAGAACCUAGUCUACGUCAUCGGCUUGAACCCGACGAUUCGCGAUGAGAAUCAAUUGUUACAGACGCUCCGUGGUCGGGACUACUUUGGGCAAUAUGGCGACAUCGAGAAAAUUGUGGUCAGCAAGGCCAAGCCUGGCGGUAACCCACACCAGGGAAUUGGUGUUUAUGUCACAUUUUCGCGCAAGCUUGAUGCUGCGACAUGUAUCGCUGCCGUGGAUGGCUCUGCGAACGGUGACCGUGUUCUCAGGGCUCAAUACGGAACCACCAAAUAUUGCUCCUCUUUCCUCCGCAAUGAGCAGUGCAACAACCGGAACUGCACAUUCCUGCACGAGACAGGAGAGGAUAGCGAGAGCUAUAGCCGUUCUGAUCUCUCGUCUAUGAAUACCUUGUCCAGUCAACGCCCGAACCAAGCCCCCAACGCUCCUCAUGUCCGUCCAAGCCAACCCAUAGCGCACACAAUGCGCCGACAGCCCAGCAAAGAUGACUCGGUUAGCGGACGAUCGGCUGUUCUGGACGGUCCUGCUCUCCCCUCAUCCGCUAGCUGGGCGAAGGAUGCUACUAUUAGGACUCGACGACCCAGUUUGACUGGUAGCCAGGCAUCUCAGAGCCCUCGGCCUGCCAGUGUCACGGUUUCUGUGCCUGUUGAGGAGCCCAAGCGAGAUGAGAAACCGUCCUCUGUUGCUCAGGAAGCACAGCGGACAUCUCCCCAGUCCGAGACAAGAUCCCCAACCGUGCAACCCCAGACUCUUGAUGCUAAGCCGUCGCCCGAGCCGCUGGCGUCAACACCAUUCGACAACCUCAUCAAAGACCUCAUGAACCCUAACUUCAAAUUUGUGUUCUCCACUGCUGAUCUUCCAGCUGAAGAGGUCAAGGCAAUCCAGUCCUAUCCAUCCUUCAUCGACCCGUAUGGCGGUGUCAAGCGUCGGGCUAUGCGUGAAAAGGCCGAACAGGAUCGUAUCAAGCGCGAGCAAGAGUUGCUAGAAUCCGUCGUCGUCGCCGUCGAGGAGGAAAGCCAUGAAGCUGGCAGUUUGCAACUUGGCGGGGAGCCAGAAGAUGCCAACCCUUCGCGUGGCCGCCAGCAGUCCCGCGAAUCACACGGUGCCAUUCAGCCCCCUUCCCAACAGGGCACCGCCGAUAACUCAACCGUUGGAUCGCCAGUUUCUGCGACUAGUCACCAUUUCCAAGGGUUGAACUUGGCAGGCCGAAGUUUGACACCGCUCCAGCAGCAGCAAUUAAUGCUACUCAAGUCAGCUGGCAACCAGCAAGCUGGUUUAGCCGACCCCCUGAGCCCCGCUGCUUUAGACCAAGCUACCCAGGUACGCCAAGGUCUUUUACACAAUCAAAUGGCUCAGUUCAAUGCGCUGCAGGGUCAAAACCGCCAAUCCUCGCGAUUCACCUUUGCCAAUGAUAUUGGCCCGAAGAACAUCAGCAACGCACGCAUGUUGAGCCAGAUGCAGUCUGGGACUCCCAACCCACUGUCUACUCCAAGCCCUCAGCACGGUCUGGCUAGCGGUUUCUAUGCAAGUGGCGUCCAAGGUCCUCCUCCCGGCUUGAAGACAGCUGGAACCCCUCCCAUUAGCGGUGGUGGUAUGUUUGCGCAGGGACAUGGAUUCACUUCUAAUACCAACAUCGGGCUGGGAUCAAACAUGGGAAAGCAGGAUGCUACACCCGAGCUGAUGCGUGAACUUCUGCGUGGCCGAAGCGGCACGAAUGUCGGUGGUGUACAGGGCCAGGAAGCCGGAAAGCGUGAGUUCAUGUUCCCUUUUCUUCAACAGCACCACACCCCACCUCCCCUGACUCCCGUCAAUGGCCUUCUCAGCUCUUUCUAUGGGUCCCAGACAGGUUCAGGACCUGACUCUGGUGGCGCACAGAAGCAGAAGAAGAAGGGGAAGAAGCAGAGACACGCUAACACUUCCUCCGGCGGAGGCGGUGUAGUAGAUCUUGCGGACCCGAGCAUUUUGCAGGCGAGGAUGCAUCAGGUCGGUGUCAAUGCUACUGCUGGGCAGGCGUUGUACGGGAGCCAGGGUCAAGUGAAUGAAGAUUUUCCUCCGCUUGGUGGGCAGCUAAAGGACAGUCAGUCUGUGGAUACAUUCGGCUUCCUCAAGUCCCAGCUGCCCAGUGAUUCCGCAGGGCGUGUUGGGACUCCGUCUCUGCCCCCUGGGCUUCCAUUGCCCCAUGCCCACCCCGCAUCGGCAGUAUUUCAGGAGCAGAUGAGCUUGUCGAAGCCGUCCUCCCCGACCCCCAUCAUGCCCCCGGGUCUGAAUGCCGAUAUCUCUCGGGGUGGAACACCGUCCCAGAAGGGCCUCACAUCUGACUCUACUGCCACGACGCCCGAACUCCCCACUCGCGCGGGCACCACGUCUGCUCGUGUUAGGGAUGCUUCCCACAUCUCCUUGGGUUCUCCUGUGGCGAAAUCGGCACAAAAGGCUCGAAUAAAUACCAAAUUGGACUUGGCUUUGAGUACGGAAGGAAAGGAUGUCCCUGUGAAAGUCGACCAAAGCCCUUUGGUUGGUGCUAAGUCAAGCCCCAUUACUUUGAGCAUGCACUUAGCUACCCAGGAGACCGCAUCAGUCAAAUCUGAACGUGGCCCGUCAGGUACCUUCGUCUCUGGCCCAGGAUCAGUCUCUGCAAUUGGAUCUCGACCCAAUACUCCAUUGACCGCCGCCUCGCGUGUCUCGGACUCACCCGCCCCCCGUCAGCCACGGAUUCUACGCGUGGUGGAGACGCCAAAGCCCCAGACUCCCCCCCCAGUUGGAAAUGCGCCGUCGGUCACCAUCCCUACUGCCAAACCUGGCAAGUCGCAGUCCAGAAGACAGAGUCUUUCAUCCAACAGCAGGCCCGAUACUCCUGGGGAGUUUGGGUCUGAGGCUGAUUUCUUCCACUCGGCCUCUGGGUCUCGUGCUAGCUCCCCACCCAAUGCUUCCUCGCGUAUUGGUUCUGCCCCGGUCCGGUCGGUCACAAAGAGUCAAGCCAAGAAGGAAAGAAGACAGAAGGCCAAGGAAGCCGAGGCCAAACAAGCGGAGACUGGCCCUCUCCCCGAGGAGCCUGUUCAAGCCCCCAUUAUGGGACGGAAGCGCAAGACUAAGAAGGCACCCACACCUGCGAUGUCGUCUGUAGAUGCGGCAUCUCCGAAUAUGACCGAGCUGGCCAGCCCUAUCAAAGCUUCCACCGAGGUCCCGAAGAAGGCAGAUCCAGAGCCCGAGCCAGUCAAGAAAGUGAAGGAAAGAGAGCAGCCUACUCCAGUGUCCAUACCAGCUCCAGUGGAAGAGCAACCUUCUCCCCCUAAGGGUCCUCCGGAAGCCUGGCGCUUCCACAACACGGUGGAGCAGCUGCUCAAAGAUGCCGAUGAAUCUGGACGUUCUAUCAAGGAUCUGUUCGUGGAAAGAACCAAGCCUCUUCACGAGUUGCUUGCAGAGAUGCACAAAUCUGGUGACCUGGACUUGAACAAAAGCUCGUUGUUCAACCCGGCCAAUAUCGGACAGCGUAGUGAUAUGAAGUGCAUCGAUACCGACUAUGAUAUUCUUAAGCAGCCUAUGGAGCUGACUGAGGGGCACCGUCAGGCUCUGAUGCGUGGUCAACCAGUACGCAUUGACGCCGAGCACCUCAAAGAUCGCUGUAUGAUCACCCCCCGCGGAUGUGUACUUCGUCAUCUGGGGCCCGAGGAAGAGGAGCGAUACCUGGAGCUGGAGAAUAAGCGAGGCGGCGCUAUGGAUCCCUUCGUGGUCGGUGACGACUCGAGCAACAUCAACGGAGGACUGGAUGCUCUUUUUGCAACCCCAGAGAAGUACAAUAUCUGCUGGGUGGAUGAUGACUCCACUCGCAUGGGAACAACCUCUCCCACCGGCACCGCUAAUACCGCGGACUCGAUCAUUCCUCCCAACGUCUUGUCAGCCAUGGAGGCAGACAGCACCCGCAGUCACGAUUGGGCCAUCGCCCAUUCUGCGGAAUUGCUUCAGACGACCACUGCUGCCGUUCGUUCGUUCGCUGCUGCUACUGCCAAGCAGAUGCUUGGUUCAGCCGGUGUACCCGGAACCAAUCCCAAUCUCGAUGACGUUGCUGCCAUGACGAAUGAAGAGCUUAAGGAGCUUGCUAGUCGAUCGCAGAAGGAUUUGGAGCUCACCCGUAAGGAACUGGAUGUGCUGGACAAAAAGUUCGUUGCUCUACUUCGACGAAACAAGAAGAUUCAACAGGCGGCUCUGUCCAUGGCGGAGGAGAUCUGA